UAGGAUGGCCUUUUACGUAAUCCAAGGCCUGAAUUACAAGGUAUUCACCAGCUGCUAGCUGACCACCUACUCCAGGCUGAGCUGGGCCUUUUACCUGCCCCACCAGGCUCUUGGAAGCGUGCCUGCCUACCCACCUUCUGUGGUGUCCUAGCAACCAGAAACUUCUCAGAGUUCUGGCCAGACAGAGGCCAUUCUCUCCCAGACUGUGGUGACUGGCAGCCUCCUGGGCCCCUGAGGACCCCUCUCUGGGGCUCACAGGUCCUGAAAGGCCACCCUUGUUCCCCCCACAGACCUGCAGAAGCCCAGCCAAGUGCUCCCCAGACGGCCGGCAGGAUGAGCUUCUCACUCACAUUCACAGAGCUGGUGAACGUGGCCAUCCCACAGUGCGGCGUGGUGAACUUUCAGGCCCUGCACUACCUGCUCCAUGGCAUCCUGGAGCAGAGCAACUUGGCCGAGAGCAGGAGGCAUCUCUCCGGGGAAGAGGACUUCCUGAAUCUGUCCCUGCCCCAGGAAGGGGACUCCCUGCCCUUCGUCUCCCCUGUCAAGAAGAUCCACAACGUGUUCGACCAGCUGGUGGGCCGCAUGGACAAGAUGGAGAGCCAGCUGACUGUGCUGCAGGAUAUGUCCUCGGUGCACACGCCGCAGGGCAGUUCGGCCAGCAGCCGCGUCGCCCAGGACCUGUGGACCACCAUCAAGAUACGGAAGAUGGUGGAGGCCAACGAGGAAGCCGUAGCCAAGUCCAUGAAGACUGUGCAGGACUUGCUUAAUGAAAUCCACAAACUCAAGAGCACUGUGGAGGUCCUCCGCAAGGACGUGGACCUGCUGAAGGACAUGUUUGUCAAGAUGUACCCAGAGAAACUGGACGUGGUCUGUGAAGACCUGAAACAGCAGAAUCGGAAAAUGAGUGAGCUGCAGCGGGAAGUGAUAUAUCUCCAGAAUAAGAUGCAGUCCAUCCCCAAAGUCGAGGACAUGGUGCUCUGGAGCAGCCUGCAUGAGGCCAUGUUCACCCCGGGAGCUAUACCACAGGACUCCAGCCUGUGGUCAGCCCACCUCCAUCUGCCAGAGGAGGAGAUCCUGCAGAGAGCUGGGAGCCUGGCGGAAUCCGACAUAAUCAGGAAGUUCACAAAGGAGGUGCCGGAGGCGGUCCCCGAUUCCUUGAGUGACCGGGACAGGCUCUCGCAGGCCCCGUUGCUACAGGCCGCCUUGCAGGAUGAGGCUCUGGGGCGGCUCCAGGAGACAGCUGACCCUUCCAGCCUCAGCAGGACCCAGGCAGCCGAGCCGCCACAGAUAAUGGAGCCUGAGCCCUUGGUCGAGCCUGGACAGGAGCCUGAGAGGAGCCCGAGCUUCAUGCGAUCACUGACACCGACACCAAGAUCAUCCUCUGACACCCAGGCUGAAUCCAGACCCUCAGGGCCCGAGCCUGGGCCUGAAGUCCAGCCUGGCCCCGAGACCCAGCCAAUUCCUGGAUUCCAGAUCUUCCUCGCACCCCAGGCCUUCCCUGGACCCCAGGCCUUCCCUGGACCCCAGGCCUUCCCUGGACCCCAGGCCUUCCCUGGACCCCAGGCUUUCUCUGGACCCCAGGCUUUCCCUGGACCCCAGGCCUUCCCUGGACCCCAGGCCAUCCCUGGACCCCAGGCCGUCCCUGGACCCCAGGCCGUCCCUGAACCCCAGGCCGUCCCUGGACCUCAGGGCUUCCCUGGACCCCACGGCUUCCCUGGACCCCAUGGCUUCCCUGGACCUCAGGGCUUCCCUGGACCCCAGGGCUUCCCUGGACCUCAGGGCUUCCCUGGACCCCACGGCUUCCCUGGACCUCAGGGCUUCCCUGGACCCCAAGGCUUCCCUGGACCUCAGAGCUUCCCUGGACCUCAGGGCUUCCCUGGACCCCAAGGCUUCCCUGGACCCCAGGCCGUCCCUGGCUUCAGGCCUAGCCCAGGCUCUUGGCCCACACCACCAGUAGGCUGGCCUGCUGUCCCCAGAGGCCCAGCCAGGUGGAAUACUUGGCCUUUCUGGAACUUUGGCGGCUUACCACCCAGCCGAGACACUUGGGCCAUCAUGCCACCCCAGGCCCAGGGCUUCAGGCCACCAGCCACAGAGCAGGGCUUGGGGUGGCCUCCAUCUCGGUGGUUUCAGUCUCGCCGCUCCCAGGGGUACCGGCUCUCAUCUGUGUCGGAAGACAGGGAGGAGGCUGAGACGCCAGAAACUCAGGAGGAGGCUGCGCAGGGCGCCCUCCCUGAGGAAUUCCAAACUCCAGGACUCACCAAGCGCCCCAAGAGCACGGCGUCCCCCAAGGCUAAAGCUGCCGCCGCCGCCACUGCUGCUGCUGCAGCUGCUGCGACCGCAGCCCAGGCCUCCCAGACUUCGGUCAGGAUGUUUCAGGACAUACCUGUCAUCAAGCUGACGGACACGGCCUCCAUCACCGACAACGCCGCUGCCGCCGCCGCCGCCCAGAUCUCCCAGGGUGAGGCCAAGCUGCUGAAGGACACCCCUGCCACGAAGCUGGCCACCAUCGCCUCCAGCAGCGCGGCCGCCGGGGCCCUGGGCGUCCUCGGGGAGUACCUGGGUGCCGGCUCAUCCCGGGGGGCUUUGGAUGAGUACCUGAAGAGCCAGGUGGCUAAAGACGGGCUGGAUUCAGCCUACGAGGAGAUAGACGUGCCGCCCAGCUCAGACCUGCUCCGGGCCAUGGAGGCCGCCAAGCAAGCUGUGACCCCUGAGGAGAAGAAGCUGGCUGUGAAGUCCUCCAUGAGCCACAUUGCCCAGAUGCCCAUCCGCCACGACUCCCUGAAGGAGGAGCUUGCCCAGCUCACGUCCAGCCUGUACCAUCACCUGGACGACUAUGCCACCAUUGGAGUCGGUUCCAAGCUGGGGAUGACCGUGGACAUGCUGCAGGAAAAGGUCUGCGGGAUCCUGGAUUCCAGGAUAAAGGAGGAGGAACUCGAGAGGGUUUGGGGGCACCAGAUGGAGAUGAUGAAGGAUCAGUACAUCGUGCUGGACAAGGCCGUGGAAAGGUUGCAGGAGCGCAUGGGCGAGUUCAAGGUAAUCCAGGAUCAAAUACGACAUCUAGAAAAGAUCAAGGCGGACCGACAAGUGAUGGAGGAAGAACUGAAGGAGAAAGCAGACAGAAGCAUCCUGGCACUCAAGGCGAACCGCACAGACCUGGAGGUGUUGGCGUCCGAGCUGAAUGAGCUGGUCCAGGGCCUGAUGUACAGGCUUGUCACCCAGGACGACGACUGGAAGAAGACGGUGAAGCAGCUGAACGAGGAGAUGGCCACCAAGCUGAUCCACCGGGACUUGGAUACCCUGAAAGUGGACCUGGACGAGGUCUGGAAGAUGAUGAGGAAGCUGAUGGCUGAAGGCUUCCGGUUUGACCCUGACAGUGCUGCCGGCUUUAGGAGGAAGCUGUUCCAGCGGGUCAAAUGCGUCUCCUGUGACCGGCCUGUGCAAAUGAUGACCAGCCCGCAGCUCAUCACCAUCCGCAGAGCCCAGCUGCUGUCCCGGCUGCGGCCCGCCAGCGCCAACACCUAUGAGUACCUGCAGCGGCAGCACAUGAGGGAACAGCAGCAGCUACAACAGCUCCAGGACAUGGGCGAAGAGGAGGGGAGUCUGGACUCCCUGGGGAACCCACAGGACUGGGGGGACGGCCCCACUAACCAAGCCGGCCUCAAGCUCAAGUCCUACCAGCUGUCGUCCCUCUACCCCUACGGGGACCCAGAUCUGUGGGACUAUGACACGGCCGAGGUGGACAUCUUGGGUGUGGACGGGGUCCUGUACAAGGGCCGGAUGAACCAGGACGGGUUGCAGUCUGUGUCUGGGGCAGACAGGGAGCUGGCAGCUGUGAAGGUGCCGCACCCCCCAGCUCGAAGCCUGGAGGAUCGAGUGCGUCAGGGGACCUUUUACAGCGCCACCCACCCCCCCUUCAACUCCCGGGUCGGCAGCUCAGUGGCCUCAAGCCCCUACCUGGGUGUGCCAGCUCAGCCUCCGUCUCUGCCCCCCCUGCUGCCCCCCCUGACACCGUCCCUGCGGGAGCCCCGGGAGCCCCAGCUGCACUCGGGGGCCAGCAGGCACCCUCGGCCCCUGCACCUGCCGUCCAGAGCCAGCACACAGUCGACUGAGGAGCACAGCAAUUGUGAGUCCUACUGCUUGGUACCUGCCCCACCAGGCCUGGGGAAGGCGCGGGGGCCUAGGCUGGGGGCUGCUUGAGCCCCAUCGACCUGGGUCUCGGAGACCGCCUGCUGCCCAGACCCAGUCCUCCGCUAAGCCGAUGAAAUUCCUCGACAGCUUCUCAGCUCCACACAACUGCCGGGAUUUUAAAGACAACUGCUUUCCUUUUCAUUUUGCUGAACCCAUUUCAUCAGAGAAU